AAACAUUUAACAAGCUAACUUCCACUUGAACUAUCCAUAGCAGGUAUAAAGCAGUGCCGGCUAUAUCGCCAUGACAACCAAACAAUGGCAUUAUGACAUCACAGUGUCGCCUGUUGAUUGUGUGCAACUUGAUUUCAGCUGAACAUUUUGCUGGAAGCUUCGACGGAAGAACAAGCAAAAUAUCUUUCUACUACUUAACAAUGAAUAUUUUAAUUUUACUAAUAUUAUUUUUCAAUCAAAUAACACCUACUGUAACCCUUUUAUCGUGUCUAAAAUGUAGCAAGGAUUCUGAGCAGGCUACAGAGAAUUUUUUUAAAUAUUUGGAAACAGAGAACUGGUACUCCAGGAGAGAAUAUGAGACACUGAUAACAUUUUUUACUAAUGAGCAAAAGGAUAUGGCGAAACAUGAUACAAGGAAACUAGAUUAUUUCGGAAUGUCUGACUUGGCUGAGACGUACGGAAAUAUACUGAAAUCCAUGGAGGCCUCAAGAUUAAACGGCAAAGAUCUUCUCGGCUUCAUGGAAAUAAAGUUGCAAGAACUAAAAGUGAAGGUUGACAACAUCUUUAACAGCUAUGAAAAUGAACGUGUAUGUCCAAAUCUGAAAAAUGGAUCAAACUGUGGUGUUCUGGAGCAAAAAGUUAUCGACUGUAGCACGUGCAAUCACCAGACUUUACUCUGUGUUGGAGGCACAAAUGAAAAUAAGUGUGAUGAAAUGGUAGCCAAAUGUCCCAUGUGUGUGUGCAUCGAUGGAUCAUGCUUUCAUAAGAAAACAAAGAAAAAAUGCAAUGCCUGCCCUGGAUACUUUAACUGCCUGAAUGAAGUUUUAAAAUGUUCGACCCACCAAAUAGAAAUUCAUGAAGGUGAAGACCUAGCUUUUGAAUGCAACUUCAAGUUCCUUGGCAACAUAGAGGAAGAAAUCGAAUACGUUUAUGAUAAGAGACACAAUUUUCAAAUUCAUCCACUGAAAACUGGCAGCAAAUCUAACUAUGCCAAACCGUUUGCUACAAGUCAAGACUCGGGACAUUAUACUUGCACUGCAAGGUCAAAAGAAUCCAAGUUUCCCUUUGCCAGAGAGGACUUUAUUGUAAAAGUGAAAUCUGAAUCCGGAUCAAGAUCUAUGGAUGUGCCUGACCCUGCCUUUGCUCCCAAGGUAGCAAAUGGUGGUAUCAAUGAAGAGGACAAGGAGGAUCCAUUUGAAUUUACAAUAAUGAUUGUUGCUAUGGCUGCCACUGUAAUAGUCAUAAGCAUAUUUGCAAUAAUAUUAAUUGUAUAUAUUAAAGUAAAACGUGCGCCUAAUAACACAGAAGAAAAUGAAUUUGGAAAUGUUUAGGAUCCUUACUGACAGUGAAAACAAGGCAGAAGAUAUUUCUUCAAAAAAAUUAUUUUUAUUUAAAUAUAUAAUUGAAUGUGUGGUCCAGAUUUUAUUCUUAAAUUUCAUGAUAUAUACAUAUUAUAUAUUAAUAAAGACCUUUAUAAUUUU